AUUCCAUAAAUUGUGUGUUUAGACAAUCGAUUUAUGUCGUACCACUGGGGGCAGCAACGUCGUUGUUAAUGGGGGUUGUAACAUUUUCGUUACUUGGUCACUUGUCACACACACAGGGUGUCAAGGUAGAAGAUUUGAUUCAAUCUGGUCCAGGGUUGGUGUUCCAAAUAUAUCCAGUUGGAUUAUCUUUGAUGCCUCUUCCACAAUUCUGGUCGGUUUUAUUUUUCCUCAUGUUUAUAUUGGUGGCUGUGGAUUCUGCUUUUGCGGAAUUUGAAGGGAUCAUCGUCGGUAUUAGCGAUGCAUACCCUAUUAUGACAUCAUCAACUAAAUACCGGGCGUUGACGACAAUUAUCGUUGGAAUUAUGUUUUGUUGCAUCACUAUGGUUCUAUUAACACCGUACGGACCUCGCAUAUUUGAGCUUGUAUAUUACUACGGAGCAUCCACAAUCACAUUACUAUGGCUUGCGAUGUUUGAAUCCAUCGCACUCGGCUGGUUUUGGAAUGCCAAUAAAUUCUCGUGUGACGUCAAAACAAUGACUGGUCGCAGUUUGCCGAAGUUGUUCGAGAUUUCGUUUCGUUUCAUCAUCCCAACUGUUAUCACGGCGAUAUUUUGUUUCUAUUGUUCACAAUGGCGGCCAUUAUCAGUGGGUGAAUACGUUUACCCUACAUGGGCGAAUGUAAUUGGCUGGUUGUUAGCCGCAUCAUCGAUGCUAUGCAUUCCUAUUGGUGCGUUCGUGUUUCUAUGGAAACAAGAGGGAAAUUUAAAACAGAAAUGGAUGCAAGCGUUCCAAUACCAGGGUACUACACUUGUUCCACAGAGUGAUUAUACUGAUACUUCUGUAUAAGAAUCUUAUUGUUACUUACUCUGUAUUCAAUGUUAAGAAAUAAAGGACAUUUAUCCAAGUGUGGCGGGGCAACCGUAGUGGUUACAACCCAAGUUUAGUUUGAAAAACCUCGUAUUUGAUUACAGGUAUUUGGUUUGAUACACCUUGUACUUGCUAAUACAUACAAAUCGUUUCAAUUUGCAAAA